UAUCAUUGUUGAAUCUGUUGACAGAGUAAUCUCUGAUAUUAUAUCUAUGUUAAUUUGAGCACAUAUUAAUGUAGGCCUAUUAUCAUCACUUUAUCAGUCUAUGGUUGUUCUGUAUUGUUCUUCCUAUCUGCUUAAGCUGUUGCAAAUGGUAUCUACAUCACCUCUCGAGCUUGUGGGGCCAGGGAGGCCUGCUAGGUUCACUUACACACAGAUUCAGGCCUACACCAACAUGCACAUAUUGAGUUAUGUAAAACACGCACGUUCACGCACACACUUGUUAAGAAUGGGAGGGUCGUCUCAGGACAGGCUAUCUGUUGGACACAGUCUCCUAAUAUUGCAUAACAUAUUCCAUUUGUUUAUCUCUAAAGGCAAGGGUUGAUGUCCAUAUAAGGAGAACUUCUCGAGAAAGGGAGACUGUUGUCCUUGCCAGUAAAAGAUCUAACUGUGUGACGUAAUCAGGGUAAUAUAAGGAUGAGGAGCGGUUUGUUCGACGAAGAAUUGUGAAGAUUGUGAAGUUUGCUGUUGCAAGUUUCUUCCCACACUCUGCGCAAGUGUGUAAAUAAAGAUCACUAUUUUUGGCCACCUACCUGGACUCAGUCUGCUUUCUUCUCUUGCCCAAUUCGAACCAAUCUCAACAAUUUUUGGUGCCGAAACCGGUUGGGGAGGAGAGGAGCGUGCGACUUGGAGGUGCCAAAGGGACGGAAGGCCAGCAGCUUAUCUGAGUGACACGCCAGGCGAACUAGAAGGCACAGUUCGACCUUCCAAGUUCAACUGGCUGGAGCGGAGGAUUAAUCAUUUUAGUCUGACUAACAAGCUGCACGUGAGGAAAGGCAGGCUCGAAUCCUGAAUUCGCUGCCCAGAGGCUGGCAGCUCUUUCUGCAGGGAAGAAUAGCCAAACCGCAAUUGCCGACACCCGAGGGCAUGACAUCAACCUUCUGAUAAGUAGAUGACCUACUCUAUCUCCUAAUCUUCAGCUACCCCAACACUUGAUAACUGCAACUUGUCUGCUGAAGUCAUCAAAAUGGGGAACCAGGUCCCAACAGAAAGUAACAUGGGCAAUAAUCUUAAAUGCUGCAAAUGUGAUCGAGUCUUGCCUGCAUGCAAAUCAUUUGAUGACCUUUACAAAACUGAGGUUCAUGGUCGAGUCGUAUAUGUGUUCAAUAGAGGUGAAUACUACAGACCAGUUGGUCACGAUGACGCAUAUGAGUGUGAAUAUUGCUUUAAUAAGCCAAUCAGAGAUCAAGAGCAAAUGAGGAGAAGAGAGGAGGAGAGAAGAAGAGAGGAGGGGAGGAGAAGAGAGGAGGAGAGGAGAAGAGAAGAGGCGAGGAGAAGAGGAGAAGAAGAAAGGAAGAGAAGAGAGGAAAGGAGGAGAGAGGAGGAGAGGAGAAGAGAGGAGGAGAGGAGAAGAGAGGAGGAGAGGAAGAAAGAAAAACUGAAUCAAAGACUACAAGAAUCUCACCAACGAGCCAAAGAGCAGCUUGAGAAACAAUUGAGCAGCUACAUUUCUCAGGAAUAUGAAACCAAGCGAGAUGCUCUAAUAUGGCAUCUGGAUGACUUUGAAGCUAACUAUAAAUCAGGUAGUGGCAGUGAUGAGCUUCUUGAAAUUCUUUCUACAAAAUGCAGUGUUGAGGUUUUGAGUCUCAGUCUGACUCAGCUCACAGCUGAUCAGCUCAGUGAGAUCCUUUCAGUCCUGGACAAACUUCUGUUUGAUGAGUGGAUUAAUGCUCCUCCAUCCAUUAGCACUCUGCAGCACACUCAGGUAUUCAUCACAGAACUCUGUGCUCUGUCUCUGGAAAUAUCUGAAGAAGUUUCCCUACAAAGCAUCUCCAAUCAUAUGCAGUCCCAUUUGGGAUCCAUCAGCCAAUCAGCAAGUGGUGUUUUUGAGAGUUUCCUCUUGACUCAAGCCCUGUAUCUGAACUUGAUGCACCUUUUCAAUGACAGCGGAAGAUCUGAUAGUGAUGCCGGCUUCAUAGCCAAAAAAUGGGCAAAAUAUGAGAUUUCCACUGAGAACCUCUUUAUAAUUGAGUUUCUGAGCACCCUUACAUCAUCACUGCAAAGUACAGUUGGAAGAGCCUCUGUGUUCACUUUAAAGAUGGAAAUCCAGUGUUUAAAGCUUCUCUUAUCCACACUCACAGAUCUAAAUGGAAAAGAAGCCCACUCAAAAUCUACUGAAAUGCUCCUCAAACUUGUGCAAAGAAACCAAUGGACUCCAAUGGAGGCAGUCACUCUGCUUAAAGCACUGUCACAGAAAUAUGCGGAUGAUGAUUCCAUAACUCAAAUCCUUACCUUGGUACAAGUGUAUGACAUACCACCAGACUGGAUAGAUGACUGUGGGCACUCUCUAAUCCAGCUCCUUGAAUCUGCUGCUCCUGAGCGAUUUUGUCAAGAUUUCCAAAAGACUCUAAGAGGAAAUGAUGAGAACAGUGUAACUGCAGUUUUAGCAGAAGUACAAAUGUUGUGGAAUUUGGAUGACUCUGUCAUUGAUAUGAUAAAAAACAUUAACACCGGUGUCCUGAAAUACACAGAAAAUGUACCAAAAGAAGAAACUUUUAUGAAAGAUUCAUUUAAAUGUGAAUCUUUGAAUGCAGACAACAUACAGAAGUGUCUGUGUCAGCUCUGCAAAGCAGUGUUCGACAUAAAAGGCUGGUGGCCCACAGUGAGGCAGGUGGUGCGGUGGUGUGGACUGGUGCUGACUCAGAAAAGUAGAGUGGUACAACUGGUUGGUGUGGAAGAAGACCCAUGUGUUACAGCCAUGUUUGCAGCCAUGCAAGUCUGCAUGGGAAACAAACUGGACAUUGUGCUGAGCUCUGAUGUUCACUCAGAGGAGCAAACAAAGGAGUGGUCUGACUUCUACAAGCACCUUGACAUUUCAAUCAACACAAACAUGAAGAAGACUGACCCAUCAUUCCAGGAUGUCUAUGAAGCAGACAUUGUUUAUGGUACAAUGGAUGAUUUUGUGUCAGAUUAUGUUCAACAUGGCAUACAGGCAAUGGAAACAGGGCAUACACCGUUUAGUCGUGGAUUCAUUAUUGAAAAACAAAGUCUCAGUGCUCUGCAUGCUCUGGAACUUUCAAGACUCAAAGACGAUGACUCUCUGGUGUUUGCUGCGGAGGUCCUGCAGAACCUCAUGAGUAAAUUUCACGGUGAAGAUGUGGGACUGAUACACAUGUUUAUUAAGGUCCUUUUUCAGGUCCUUCACAGUACCCUAAACAAAGACACAAUCACUGACAAUAAAAUCAUCACAAUCUCAAAGAAAAUCACCAGAAAGGAACUGCUUUUUAAUGAGAUCUUCAUUUUGACCUUUCUGGAGAAUCUGAUGAAAAGUUUUGUUAGUGAAACAGAAGCUGUUAAAAACAUGACAGAUCCUGCAGGCAAAUGGUGUUUGGAGAUUUUAUUUGCCUGUGUGGAACAAUUUCAAAACUCAAAAAAAAAAAAAACCAAAGGAGUUUUUGAGAUGGUUUCAAAUCUUGGGGAACAAAGGCUUUGGUCACCAGUAGAGGCCUUAAACGUUCUUGAAGCAUUAACUAUACACCAUCAUGAUAAAAGCUGUAUUUCCAUCAUGAAGAUUUUACAUUUGGUGGAAACAUAUCAGGUUUCUUCCAAGUGGAAAGAUGAAAACAAUAAAUCUCUCCUUGAGCUCAUAGAUUCAUGCACAACUAAGAAUCUGAUCCAGCAUCUAGAAAAGAGCCUUAAAGAUGAGAAAACUAAAAGCAUUGACAACCUUUUUUAUGAAAUACGGCAGAUGAAAGAAAUUGACGAACAAACACUGAGUAAAUCAUACAACAUAGUAACUCAUGUAACAAACCUCAUCGAAACUGGUGAAAUUAAAAAACAGAGAGAUAUACGGCGAGCUAGGACUCUGAGUCACAGCAUGGAGACAGAGGACCUUCAGGAAGUUCUUGCAGUCUUAUGCAAUGCUGUACACCUCCACAAAGAUGAAAGGAAGUGGUUUCCCAGGGCAACUCAGAUGAUAAGCUGGUGCUUGUUGGCCUUGUCUGACACUGGGAAGCUCCUGGAGAUGGGAACUGGAGAAGGGAAGUCUUGUGUCAUAGCAAUGUUUGCAGUGCUGCAUGUGCUUAGAGGUGAAAAGGUGGAUGUGGUGUCCAGCUCCUCCGUGUUAUGCCAAAGAGAUGCUGAAGAAUGGGCAAAAUUCUACAAAUACUUUGGCAUUACAGUCGACACAAACACAAAUAAAAAUGAGGAUAAAGAUCGGAAAGAAUGCUAUCAGAAGGACGUGGUCUAUGGAACCAUUGAAGCCUUUGCUGCUGAUCACCUUCGCCAAAUAUUUGAGAUGAAGGAUGUGAGACCUGAUCGUAACUUUCAGUGCAUCAUUAUCGAUGAAGUGGACUCACUGCUGCUGGAUCAGGGAGUGCAGCUGACAUACCUGUCCAGCCCCAUGGUGUCCAUGCAGCACCUGAACAUUAUUCUCACCAUGAUCUGGAGCCACGUCAGUCACUAUGGCUUCCUAUCUACAGGACAUCAGACAUUUGUACGAGGUCCUCCUGCUUCAUUCUUCAAGGCCAUCUAUGACUCAAUGAACACAGAAGACACUGAAAUUAGUGAUCCAAUGGAUUUUUUGAGAAAUACCAGGGGAAAAUAUACGGAACAACAGGAACACUGGGGAGCAAAGCAGACAUUCAGUUUUUGCAGGACCUGUAUCCAAAUCUCUCUGUGUGCAAAAUACCAACAUUCAACAGGAAAAAGUUAUUUGAGGUCAAAGGUACUCUGAAAAAAACAGCUGAAGAAUGGGAAUCUGAAAUAAAACAUGUGGUCACAGCUCAGAUUUCCCCAAAUUCAUACAGAGAAGGAAGAGCAGCGUUGGUGAUCUGUGAAACUAUAAACAAAGCCAAAGAGAUCUACGAAGAGCUGAAGAGCAGCAUCCCAAAUAAAAAAUUGAUUCUCUACUGCCGCAGUGACAGAGACAGUUUGAGUAAAAUAGACAAGGAGCUGCUUCCUGGUGAUGUCAUUGUUGCCACAAACCUUGCCGGCCGUGGCACAGACAUUAAAGUGUCCACAGAGGUGAACAAUAAUGGAGGGUUAUUUGUGAUCCUCUCCUUCCUCUCCGAGAACACAAGAGUGGAACUCCAGGCUUUUGGACGAACUGCACGCAAAGGUAAACCUGGAUCUGCUCAGAUAAUCAUCUCCACUGACCACCUGCAGCCAUCUUACAAAACAGUGUCCUCUCUGGAGGAAGCCAAGAGCACAAGGGACCGACUUGCAGCAGAAAAGAUAAAUCACAUAAUGAAUGAUGUUGCUGAGAUGAAACUGCGGGAGGACCUGUUUUCAGAAUACCUCGAAACACUUCAAGAUAUUUAUAACACCACUGAUGGAGACAAGGAAAGAGCUGAUGUUGACAUCAUGAAUGAGUUCUGGGGGAUUUGGCUGCAAACUAAAUCAGAAGAAAUUGAUCAGUUGAAGAGAAAUGAACUGCAAGAGAGUCUGAAAGCUGAUUUGUCAAAGGCAAAAAGUCAGUCUGAAAGUCAGACUUCACCAUGUUCCAGCAUUUAUCACUACAUCAAGUUUGGAAAUAUUGCACUGGAUGAAAAAAAGUGGGAUACCGCAGCCAUAAUGUUUGAAAAAGCCAUGAAACAGGAUAAAAGCUGGGCAGCUGUAGCAUUUUACAAUCAUGCAUACUGUACUAUACAACAAAAGAAAUCAGAUUACCUCCCUAAGGCCAUAGAUGAUCUAACAAAGGCACAGGAAUCUUUGAGGUUUCUUAAUGAGGAACUAAUAGGCUGUCUUCAGUUUGUAAAAAUGUCCUCUGCAGACUCAGCCAACAGCAACACAACCAGCCUGGAAAAACAGUUAUCAACCAGGUCCACAAUGUAUAGUUACUUUGAAAAAAACAUUACUGAGGCCAUCCAAAAGUUACGAGAAAUAAGAGAGAAAGGGAGGGAUGCAAUGGCCCCAAAAUCCCCAAUGUUCUCACUAUUUUCAGAUGCUGAUAAAGAUCUCCAAGAUGAAGCUUACAAUCUCAACAGACGAGGUCUGAAAUAUGUAUUUCCUGUGGAAGAAAAGCCUCGUUUCUCAUGGGAAGGUCUGCUGGUGUUCUUUCUUGGAGUUUUACAGAUUGUUGGAGGAGCACUGCUCACUGCAUUUACAGUUGGAACAUUUGCUCAAGUUGGAAUGGGACUGAUUAUUGAGGGAAUAUCAGACUGCAUCACUGGCAUUGAGGCCAUGGUGACAGGAGAAUUCAGCUGGAAGUCAUGGGCUAUAGACAAAGCCAUUUCUAUUGGUGUCUCUCUCAUUGGGUUCGGAGUUGGAAAGCUGAUUUCAAAGGGCUUCAAAUGUUUUAAAUCCUUAGUUAAAUUUGGCAAACAGCUUAAGUCAAUGCCAAAAUUUCUCUCUAGACAAGCUAAAGAUGGCUUCAGUGUUGUUUUAAAGACAAAUAUGAAGAAUGCAGUAAAACACACAGCUAAAAAAAUUGCAGAAGAACUCAUCACCUUUGGAUUGGGAAAGGCAGAAGAUGAAAUAAUUAAAACAAUAUUAGAAGAAAUCAAAAACAAGGUGAAAGAGAGAACUGAUCACGAAGUGAAAUUAAAAAUAGAAAAAGAGCCUCCAUCUUCAUUAGUAGACCUCAUUAUUCUUUCACACCUUGAGGACAAAAAACAACUUCAUGAUCUCCUGAAUGACGAGAGAAGAAAGGAAGAGCUGCUGGCCGUUUUCACAGACUUAAGCAAAACUGCAAUACAGCCAUUCCAUGAAGACCUCAGCUGGCAGAACAAACUGAAUUCAUCCCUCUACAAAGUGAUUGAAAAAACUAAAUCACACACUGGAGGAACAGCAAAAACAAUUCUGACAUUUAUACAAGGUGUCCACAUGGUCACACUGGCAGGAGAAGCCAUCAGUGCAGUGCUCAGCCUGUCAGAAAAGUUCUUUUCAAAUUUUCACGAACAGCUGAAAAUAUUUAAAGAAAAGCAACGAAAAUCAGAGACUGUGAAUGUAAGUGAUCUGUCUGCAGAAGACAUUAAACUGCUGAAAGAUUUCAAGCAGGAUUUAGCCAGCACCAUCAGUACGUUAUUGGCUGAUGCUUUGGUGGAAGUUUUCCACCAGACGUUCUCCAGUCACAUUGUUUCUAUUGUUAAAGACAAGGCAAAUGGUGUUAUUGGUAAAUAUGUGAGAAAGGGUUUAAAGAGUGAAAGAACAGAGGAAAAGCUCAGAGCUGGACAGAACAACAGAUACAUUGCAUACAUGCCAAAACACCCAAAUUCUAACCUAAAAGUUGAAGGAGAGGCAGGUCAGCGCUCACGAUCACAUGCUGAAAAGAUCAAGAACUCCACGACUGCAGGCACCAUCCUUGAUAUCAGAGUCCUGUCAGAAGCCACUGGCACUAAAGUUGUCAUCCUAACAGAGGAUAGCAAUGGAAGACUUACCAAAAUGCAGGAGCUGAGCCCAGACACUCGACAUGCCAAUCAAACUGUGACCCUGAUCUACAGACCAAAGAGUGACCAAUACCCCGAUGGCCAUUAUGAUGUGCAUAUCAACAACCAGACAGUGAGCAUAGACAACAAAGGCAAGAACUGUUUGUUUCAUGCUUUGGCACGUGGAAUGAAACCACAAGCCAGUGAAGAAGAGAUCACUGUGGAAGCAAAUCGUCUUCGAUCUGUGGAGGCUGAUGCUCUCCUCAGUUACCCAGGCCAAUGGGAGCCUUUCAUCAAGCGGAAAGAAUUAACUGAAACAAUCAGGGGAGGGGACUGGUACAUGUUAGAGGGAACUGCACCCAAACAAGCCAUAAAAGAAAGCAAAGAGUUACGUCAGAAAUUAGUUGGCCAAGUAGAAAAAUACAAAAACUGGCAAACACAUGCAAAAGGAAAUAAAGGAAUUGGAAAGUUCAUCAAUGCAGAUCACCAGCCACCAGUCAGUAGCAUAUUGAAGGCCAGAAAAUUGAACCAGAAUAGCAGAUUAGCAGAAGCCAUGCUUGAAGUGGCAACAAACUCAUCUACUGGGAACAUUUCUGAUGUACACAAAUAUCAUGGCCGUGAACUUCCAACAGUUUAUGUACCUGCAGAAGUACAUCGUGAAUUUCCCAGUACAAAAUCACAAGCCUUCAGAGACCUUUUGACUAGAGCCAUAAGUAGUAAUGAUGUUGUGGGUACUUUCAAGCUGACAAUCCUUGGUUCAAUGCCAAGAUUCUGGUUGGAUAGUAGCAGGAACUUCAAAAACUUCCAGAAUACAAAUAUAAGCAAAAGCAGACUUAAAGAUUUUGAAAAAAGUUUUCCACACCACAGUGAAAAGAUGGUAAAGGAAUGGUCUGACCAGCUUAAAAACAAAGGUGUUAUGACAGAUGACCAUCUAACUACUAUUAAUAAUUGGAUCGCUAACCAGGGCUACAAAAAUCAAAACGAUCCACACAGGAAAGAAGUUGCCAACCUCCUCUGAUGAAAAGUUUGCGAGAGAGGAGAAUGUGACUCUUACAAGCAAAUGAAGUACAGUGAAAACCUGGAGAUCUUCCACCUACCUAAUCAUCAUUAUCAGAUAUCUCUGUGCCUUUGGUUUAAUUUUAACUUAAUUUUUGUAUUCAGUGUGCUUAUCACAGAAAAAAACUGUUUGUUUAGCCAUUUUUAGCUCAGUAUAGAUUGUAAAUUAAUUUGUUAACUUGCUUAGACUUUGUAGCAAAGCAAUAAUUACACUGUGUCCAGCAAAUUAGUGUGGUGAUAUUCGAUGUGAUAGUUUUAAUCUUUCAAUACCAAUGUUGACAAUAACAAAAAGGGAAGAUUUUAAAACCUGAGACCUGCUGACAUUUGUCACCUUUUAACUCAAUGUUCAAAUAUGUGAACAGCUGAAAUUGGUCACACAUGUUCUGACUCCUUAGCCAGUGCACAAAGAAGACACAAAAAUGCAGCAACAAAGUGUGUCUUAAAGUACAUUAAUAAUCACUCUCAAAGGCUUCUAAAUCAUUAACUCCAGAGUGCCUGAGGGUCCUCCAGUGUUCAAGAGAUAAACUACACAUGUGUUAUAUUAAGAUCUAGCAGCUUGAUUUUCUUUUCUGUUGGUUGGAGCACAAGGUGACUGCUGAUUCUGCAAGAGCCUGACUGUGAAAGAAGCUCUGGAGAUAAAGAAACUGCUUGCAAUGAAUCACAGAAGCUACAGAAAAAAACCUGCAUGUAGUUCUCUGUAAGCAGCAUCCCAUUCGUUAUCUGUUUAAUUCAGUGUAACUAUGAUGGUGGUGGCGAGGGAGGUUAAAAAUGAAAUUAUAAUACAUAUUAUCUGUAUUCACCUGAAAACCAUAUAUCCAUAUCUCUAAAAUAUUUCUGUCAAAAUAAAAGUGAGUUAGUAGUAAUAAUUGCAGUGAUUUCCUGUUUUCUUCCAGUGGUGCAGAUUACUGUAAACUGUAGUAAUUUCCCUUACUACUAUGGAAAUGUUUUUACACAAUACUGGACAAUAAAACUGCAGGGAAAUGUACCAAUAUGAUAUUACAUAUUUUAAAAGUUUAUUUAAAUAUAUUUAAAACAUAUUGGUGAAAAUAUGGCCUAUAAACAUAAUUGGCCACUGUUAUGAAAUUCUGGAUUAAAUUGAAUUACACACAAGCUGGUUGUCUUUGUGAGUUUUUAAUUUGUCUUUGCAAAGUGGUCCGAACAACAAUACAAAUUUAAUCAAGAUUCAAUCAACCAGGUUCAAUCAAAGUUAUCACUCUGUGUCAUAUGGAAACCAUGCUGCUGUUUUUAGAUGGAAUAGGCACCGUUAGUGUGAAGCAACAGUUAUAAGAAAAAAAAAACAGAGACAAAAUGUCAGGUUUACGGAAAAUUGAACCCAAACACAGGACUUCCUAAUUACUAAGUUAAACUUUCAGUCUAUUUUAUUUCAUUAUUUAUUUGUGCAAUAUCCAGAUCGCGGCUGUGGGUGGGAUUAAGGGGCCUCUUCCUGUAGUUGAAAUUCAUGGCAUGCUAGUGGUGCCAGUCUCUCUCUGAUCUCUACCUUCAGCCGGGGUGGAGUGAGGCAGUGUCGCAGUUCCCAAAUAGUUGUUUCUCAUCCGUCAGGUUAAAGCUGGCCUCCCCCACUCUCUCAUUGCCUGAUGUUAGGGCCUUCCUCUCUUUUAAUUACUAUACUGGUCAUAAGUUUGCUCAUUGCUAAAAGGUAGGGCAACCUCUAUGCUGAAAUGACUUAAUUGAUAUUCAGGGAGGCGUUCCAGGUCACGGUUUGAACCGUCAGCCAUUAGGUCCAAAGUUGCAGUUUUGUGAAGAGACAUCUGCCUCUCCAGAGCAAUGUUCCCUCUAAGCUGCGCACGUGCGCAGUUGCGCACUGUUGGCAUGGUCUCUGCGCACAGAAAAUCUGCGUUGCGCACAAAAAAAAGUAACCUGAAUUGAAAUUAAAAUUAAUACUUCCAACAAUCAUGUUUUGCAGUGUUAGUCAGUAAGUGACUGGCUGCUCCCAUAUGGAAUUAGAACGAUGCCACCUUAUAGUUCAGCCGAUGCGUAUAUACGCAAUCAAUCAACGUCAUUGACAGGCUAUGACAGCGUCCUUAUGUGCCGACAAAGGUGUUUUAGCUAGCAAAGCGGCGUGGCUGAUGUGGAG